CUGCGUGAGAGACCGGAAUCGAAUCGAAGGAUAACAAGAAAGCAGCCACAGAAAUCAGGAAAAAACCAGCUGCCACUUUUUCCAAUGCAGAGUGUUUACACAGUUUAUUCUAUGGGUUUCAAGAAAUGAAUAAAGAUGAUUCCAAUAAAAUCAGUGUGGAAUAAACUAACAGCUGAUCCUAACAGGCCUCCGGAGAGAGAUCAACAGUCUCAAGUCAGCGAUAGCCUCAUGAAUGAGCUGGACUUUCAAAUAAAAGAAUUGGAGAGGCUAGAAAGAGAAAACGACCUUGAUAAAAAGCGCAAAGAAUCUGGAGUAGAUUACAGCUGGUUAAUAAGCACUCCAACUAAAUCUUAUGAAGUUCCACAACUUGAACGGUUAGAACUUGAGGGUUUAUGUUAUAAAGUAAAACCAGAGGAAACGGGAAAAGUUCUAAACCUGUUUCGAGAUGCAUUAUUCAAUGAACCUAAACCAAGCGAGUUGUCUCGGAUUUUGAGGGCAUGUAUUCGACAGGUCCUAGAACAACGACCAAAAGAAGAGACCUUGGCCUCAUGGGUCACAAAACGAAGUUUAAGCCUUGGUAGUUUGAGAAUCCGUCCAACUUCUUCGAAAGUUUCACCAAGUCCAGGAUCAGGGAAUGUACAAGUUGAUCCAGAGAUCCAGACUCCUACAUCUGUAACCCAUCCCUACCAAAGUAAUACAUUUUAUGGUGGUAGAUCAGUCAGUCUGCCCGAGUAUGCACAUGGGUAUGCCCGGGGUCAAGAUGUGGACAGUCUGCCUGUCUAAAGUUUGAAGCCUAAAGUUUAAAAUAAAUACAUAGAUAAUUUCAAAUAUUUUCAUAGUAUAUGUAUAGGGUUGUAUGGCUACAGAAUUUUGGCCUUUAAAAAUAGGUUUAGCUCACAUUUUCAUGAACAAAACUUUUCUGUAGAUCCUUAUUUUAAUUCUAUCAUUUUAAAACAUUUUCAUCUUCCGAAUAGUCACAUACAUGUAAUAGUAUUAAGUCACUAUAUACAGUAUACAUUAAAAUGUAUUCAAAACCAGGUUGCCUAAAAGGAUUUUAACUUUUCCUUCUUUACAUUUUCUAAUAUACAUUUAUUG